CUCACCGAUCUGAAAACAAACAUGGAGAUUUUCUCUCUCCUUCAGCAACUUCUCUGGAUCUCCCUCUCAUGUUCUGGGGGCUAUUAUGUUUCAGGUCAGGAGUGUUGGGGGAUAGAACCAGUGAUCGAUCCCCCCAGUUUGGUGGUAAAGUAUGGCGAUCCAGCCUCCGCAAUCUGCCGCACUCAGCACAACGCCACAAUGAUACGCUGGGACGCACCCGUGGGAGCCACAAGCAAAGAGAACGCACAGCAGCUGGUCUGGAGUGUGUCCAGCGUCACCGAAUGGACACUGGGGAGAGAUGUACUGUGUUCAGUGUACUACUACACCAACCACGAUAAUGAAACUAUGGACGAGUACACUAUGGCCUGGAACUAUGGCGAAGACUCAGAAUGCCAGACCCAACUACCCAUUCUCAUUUACAAAAUUCCUGAAAAUGUGACCUUUCGCCUAGUAAACCACACCGACCCUCUGCUGGAGGGACACGAGUACUUGCUGGAGUGUGAGGUUCAGAGUGUGGCUCCAGUUAACAACCUUACUGUCAUCUGGUUCAGAGGGGACACUGAGCUGAAACGCUCAGGCUACUCUCAGUUCACUGUUAAGGGUGAUCGGUCUCAGAACGUCACUGUGAGAACUAAUCUGAGUAUCAUAGCUUCCACAGAAGACAACAAAGCCUCCUACAGCUGUGCUGCCCAUCUGGACCUGAACACAGCUGAGCCCAUUCCUGAUGCCAGAUCGAAAACGAUACAGCUGAUAUCAGGGAUUACAUUGUCCCCAGAGCACGGGAUGGAGAGUGGGCAAGAGCAGGACGGAGAGAGAGAGGACACACAGCGGGGGCAAGACCUGGAAGAACCAGGCAAUCCGACGGGAAUCAUCAUAGGUGUGGUGGUUGUUUCAGUGCUGGUUGUGAUCCUGGCAGCAGCGAUUCUGAUCGGGACGAGACUCAGUAAUAGAGAUAAGCCUCACUGACGAGAGAGCACAUCCAUGAGGAAUGAAAUCACCAGGUGGAGGACAGCCUGUAGACUAUCCAUGAGGAAUGAAAUCACCAGGUGGAGGACAGCCUGUAGACUAGGCUUUGAAUGAUGGGCAAAGUACAAAGUCUCACUAAAGCUAAUUUAAU